GAGCGAGUGGAAAGGGCUGAAGCCACUAAGGUGGGUGAGUGGAAGAGAAGGGUUGAGCCAAGAGCUCCACAUGAUGGGCAGCAAGUGAUGAUGCCCCGCUUGUUGCCUGAUGCCCCACGUGUUGCCAGAUGCCCUGUCAUUUUGGCUCUUUGGUUCAACCCUUUCCGAAUUGUUGAGAGGGGAGCGGAAACCCCCGGGGUAAGGUGAGCAAGAGGGAGAGAAGAAUGGGGUCCUGAAACCCCAGGGUAAGGGCUGAGGGAGGGGGUAACACCCCAGGUUACAAGGUGAGGCAAGGUAGGGGUUUCUAGCCCCCAAGUAACAAGGUGAGGCAAGGGAGGGGGUUUCAGACCCCAAGUAAUAAGGUGAGGCAAGGGAGGUGGUUUCAGAUUCCAAGUAAAAAGGUGAGGCAAGGGAGGGGGUUCAGACCCCAAGUAACAAGGUGAGGCGACGGAGGGGGUUUCGGACUCCAAGUUACAAGGUGAGGCAAGGGAGGGGGUUUCAGAUCCCCAGUUACAUGAUGAGGCAUGGGAAGGGGUUUCAAACCCCAAGUUGCAAGGUGAGGCAUGGGAGGGGGUUUCAGACCCCCAGUUACAUGGUGAGGCAUGAAAAGGGUUUUCAAACCCCAAGUUGCAAGGUGAGGCAUGGGAGGGGGUUUCAGACCCCAUGUUACAUGGUGAGGCAUGGGAAGGGGUUUCAAACCCCAAGUUGCAAGGUGAGGCAUGGGAGGGGGUUUCAGACCCCAUGUUACAUGGUGAGGCAAGGGAGGGGCCUUCACAUCCCAAGCAACAAGGCAAGACAACGGAGACCCGGUUUCACGGCAACCCUGAGAGCCGGUUCGCUGGCAAUUCUGAGAGUCGGUUCCCUGGCAAUUCUGAGAGUCGGUUUGCUGGCAAUUCUGAGAGUCAGUUCGCUGGCAAUUCUGAGAGUCGGUUCGAUGGCAAUUCCGAGGGCAGAUUCCUACGCAGUACGAUCUAUUAAAAGUAGGGUCACAUACCCCGUUAGAGUCAGUUCGGCUCCCUGGCAUUUCUGAGAGUCGGUUCCAUGGCCAUUUUUAUGGAAGAGGCCCCACCCAACCCAACCCAACCCAAGCCAGAGGUGGAUAUUGCCUGUCCCAGUCCAUCAGAUCAGAGCUUUCCAGGCACAAGUCAUCUGGUACAUGUCUCUCGCCAGCAAAUGGCAAGAUUCGACUAACCCUUGCCGCUUCACAAUCUGCCUCCUUAAGGAUUGAACAUUCAUGGCAUGGUAGUUUUUUUUCAGGUCUUUGAAGAGAUGUGUAGUGUCGGAAACAAAUAGAGAGGCAGCGGUGUGGACCCUGUAGCAUUUUCAUUCGAAUUGCAUAUUGUAGUAAUUUGUUAUCCUUAUCCAAGACCAAACUUGUGAUGGUGUCCGAACCUGGUAAGACGACCUUAGACCAUUCCCCUAGCACCAGUGUCUUAGAGUCAGCAAUGUCUCUAGUUUAGUUUCUACCACCUAUGUCAUGACAGGAUUCUCGCUGUUUAAAGCUUGAUCCAACAAGGCGCUUCGUUACUUUCUCUCGAGUUAUUUCGCGUUGUAAGCUUCACCGCCUGCUGAAGCUGCUGAUGCUUCUGUCGUUGUCCGGUGUUGUUGGUUGUGGCGAAUGCCAGUGACGUUGGAGGUUCUUCCUGUGGCUUCCAUUCCAUUAUGACUUAGUCCAUAAGCCCCUACUAUUCUUCACGCUUUGAGCUACCAUCCAUUACUCAACCAGAGCGAUCAGACCGCUAGACAUUUGCCGACGAAGUUCCAUUGUCGCACCAUUCUGAUAAGUAGAUCACGCAGAUUAUCCUCAUUCGUGUAGAUCGGUUACUUACAUCGGUUUUCUCCCUAAAAUGUCUGAUCAACCCCAUUGCUGACUCAGACCAUGUGAUCUGAUAUUCGCCUGCCUGCAACCACCGACCACAAGGAAAUCCCAGUUUUUUUUCCAAAUUCAAAGCCUCGAUCAAGACCCACUAACCUUCAUUCCCCGCUGCGGAGCGGGACGUAAGACACAGCUUACGUCUCACCGCUCGUAGCUGCUAAAAAAAGGGCGUUGCUCCUCACGCUGUUGUCGACCAUGGACGACAAGAAGAGCAGAAAGCGCGGCCCUCGCCAUCGCCGAGGCGUGCUGAUCCUCGUGCUGCUGCUCGUCGGCAUCGCUGCGUUCCUGGGCUUCGCGUUCAGCUCCUCGACGAAGUACACCAGCCGAAAUGGCAUCCAACAAUCCGACGGCGUUAUCGGCCAAGCGUCAGAGGGGGGAAGCGGAUGGAGUCUGCUGGGGCAGGGGAUGCUCGAGGCGGUGGGGAAGGUGCUGAGCUUCGAGGAGCGGCAGAAGGUGUCGGAGGAUCUCAAGGAGUCGGGCGACGACGACCACGAGGCCGAGGCAGUCCCAGCAUCAGCCCCUCCAGGGGGCGGACGGGCCACAGGCGACAUGGCAGCAGCAGCGGCAGCAGCAGCGCUCAAACCCCGCGGGGGCGCCUCCAGCAGCAGCAGCGCAGCGGCCGCCGUGGAUGACAACCCCCUGAGGAACAAGACUAUGGUGGAGCUGAGCGCGCUCGCAGUGGGUGUGACUGUGGAGCGCGUGCCUCUAUCGGGGUUCAUGGGCGUGGAUGGACGGCUGGGGAUCACGGACGGGACGUGCCAUGCGACGUCUGGCGAGAGGGAUUGUUUGCCCCAUGGCAUCUGCAUCGAUGGCAAAUGCCACUGCACGCUCCCCUACCAGGGCGACUAUUGCCGCUCUGCCCGGCGUCCCUUCGUCCGCAAGAAAUCCACCUAUGACGGCCGCUUCGUGCUCAGCGUGCGGCACGUGCGCAAGGCGCACGGAGUCAAGUACCCCCUCACGCCCUCCCCUGGGUCGUACGCUGCGUCCAACGCUGCUGCUGCGGGGGGCGCGGAGGCAGGCGCGGAGGAGGAGAAGGAGAAGGAGGGCGAAGGGGCGGCGUUCUUUGAGGCGCCGUUUUUCACUGCGGGGAAGGUCAACCGCGUGGUCUGGGGCAACCUGCAGAAGGGCAAGCUGAUGGAGCUGGAGCCGAUGGUGUCUCAGGCUUUACUGGAGCACCUGCCAGGCAGCGACCUGCUGCAGAACGCGCUGUUCAACUCGUGUGCCAUCGUGGGCAACUCGGGCUUUAACCUGCUCUUCAGGGACGGGCACCUCAUCGACAACCAUGACGCCGUCUUCCGACUCUUCGAUGGCCCCACUGUGGCUCGCAGUGGAGAGGGCGCGGCAGCAGUAGCAGUCGAUUUCACGGCGUUUGUGGGGCGAAGGUCUACAAUGAGGGUGGUGGAUGAGGAUACAGUGGGAUUCAGCGAGGGAGGGGAAAUUACCCUCAUGAAUGUUGCCUCCAAGAAGGGCUUUUACGGGCAUUUCCAGUUCCUGAACGAGCAGCCGGACGCCAAGUCGUUUCUGUUCGACCCUGAGUUCUCCACGCACGUCACUGACAACAUUGGCCCGCUGCCCUCGCCUCUCGCCAUGACCCUCUUCCUCGCCCUCCAGAAAUGUGCGUCCCUGGACGUGUUUGGGGUGCACUGGCGGCCAGGGUAUGGUGUGCCGGAGCUGUACUAUAGGGAGACAGACUCUGACGCGGAUGUGGUGUACCAGCAGCCGGCAGACCUGCAGCUCGUGGAGACCCUUGCGCGCCUGAACCUGGUGGGUCUGGGGCAGCCGUGUGUGAUUGGCUGUGAGGCCGAGACGCGCAUUCGCUGCGACUCAUGCUCUGCGGGCAGCUCCUGCGCAUGCGGCCGCCACAACCCACUGCCCGUCGCGCUGCCCGGGUUCUGCCACCUGCCCGGAAACUACACCUGCUUCUUCCGAUGCGAUGGAAAUUUUGGGAACUCGUGCCAGGGUGGCCCUGGCAGCAGUCUGUGCCCGGACGAUUUUGACAUUGCCGGGCGGCAGUGUGCCGUGGCAGGAGAUACACCUCCCCCAGAAGAGGCCCCGUGGUGGGCGCGGCGCGGGUCGAUGCGGGAGUUUGACUCCAAGUUUGAGCGUGCGUACCGGCAGCUGCGGAAGCAGAAGAUACGGGAGGCCAAGGAGAGGGCCAGGAGUGCGCGGGCUGCACGGCUGAAGAAGAGAGAGGAGAGAAGCAUGCGGCAGCACGCCAAUGAUGCCCGGUGAAGGGAUGACAGGAUGGAGUUGAGAAAUAAUUACUAGAUGGGACGCAGAGGGGAAGAGAGGGUUAAAGAGGGAGUUGAAGGAAUGCGACGAAGUGGAGUUGGUUCCACUGUGUCAUUUGUUCUCUUAAGUGCAGGUCAGAGACUGCCUUGCAUGAAGAUCAUGUUAGUUGGACAGCUUAUGUAUCUCUUGUGCCUCAUGUAUGGUGAGGUAGAAAGGUUCUACAUGCCAGUAAAGUCAACAGCUGAUUAGUUGAUGGGAUGCAAAUUGAUUGCUCGUGAUAGAUAGGUUUCCCUUGAAAGUGGAUAGCGGAUUGUUAUAACAUGUUAUGUUCA